GGCUGGGUGGGGUGAGGGCCUCCCAACCUCCGGCAGGGGCCGAGCUGGAGGGCAGGGGGCGUGGUGGGCCGCCUCUCGCCGCACCUCCCGUCGGGGCGGGACGGGUAGGCGAAGCCUGAUUGGACCGGUCUCCUGCCUCCUCCAGGCCGGACCCCCGCCGUGUCUAGCGCCGCUGAGCUGCUCACCUGAGCGCGCCGUGGGGGCGCAGCGGGGCGCAGAGAUACCCCUGGCGGGCGGCGGGCGGAGGGGGAUAAGCGGGGCCCUGCGGAAAGUGAGGCCUCCGCAGCCUCCGGGCGCCCUCUGGSUCCUGGUGGAGGAGCCUCCCUGGGCGCGAGGAACCCUCCGCCCCUGUCCGCCAGGCAGCGUCUGAGCUGUGCCCCGAGAGGCUCAGCCCGCGCCGGUUGGGUGGCCCCUCCUUAAAAUAAUGGAAUGUUUUCGAAGCUCCGUGGAGUCAGGAGGUGGAGCGCAGCUGUAUCUUGUGCCCCGCGAAAAUGCUUAGGUACGUGGCCAAGGUGGGCGGCACAGCCUGGCYCCGUGCGCGUGCCAGGUGUGCCCCUCACUGGGGCCGUCCCCGCCCUGGGAGGCGGAACCGAGGGUGGCCGCCCUUCCUCUUCCUGGGCAGGUGUGCGGAGCUCGAGGGGCGCGCAGCGGAGCAGCUCGCCGGCACAAUGAAUAAUCCUAUACCUUCCAAUCUGAAAUCAGAAGCAAAGAAGGCUGCUAGAAUCCUAAGAGAAUUCACGGAAAUAACUUCUAGAAAUGGACCUGAUAAGAUCAUUCCUGCCCAUGUGAUUGCCAAAGCCAAAGGCCUUGCCAUUCUGUCUGUGAUCAAAGCUGGGUUCCUGGUGACUGCCAGGGGAGGCAGUGGGAUUGUCCUGGCCCGCCUUCCAGACGGAACGUGGUCUGCACCUUCAGCCAUUGGGAUAGCUGGGCUUGGCGGGGGAUUUGAAAUAGGAAUCGAGGUAUCGGAUCUGGUGAUAAUUCUGAACUAUGAUAGAGCUGUUGAAGCUUUUGCGAAAGGUGGGAAUCUGACGCUUGGAGGGAACUGUACUGUGGCUGUUGGGCCCUUGGGAAGGAACCUGGAAGGAAAUGUGGCCCUGAGGAGCUCUGCAGCUGUCUUCACAUACUGCAAGUCCAGGGGACUCUUCGCAGGCAUCUCUCUAGAAGGGAGCUGUCUAAUUGAAAGGAAAGAAACUAACCGGAAAUUCUACUGCCAGGACGUUCGAGCCUGUGACAUCUUAUUUGGAGACGUGCCACGACCUGCGCAAGCCGAAGAUCUUUAUGAGAUUCUUGAUUCCUUCACCCAGAAGUACGAGAGUGAGGCGCAGCGCACCAACGCCAGGAGAGCAGCCAGGGAGCUACACAAGGCUAAGGAAUUACCUCCAAAGCCCUCCUCAAGACYACAGGGGUCAUCUGCAGCAGCCCAGCCGAGCUCCAGCUCUCAAAGUAACAGAAAUGAAUAUAAACUGUAUCCUGAGCUUUCCAGCUAUCAUGAGACUGUUGGCGGUUCAAAUCAGCCAGUAGAAGUGACAGCGCUGUAUUCUUUUGAAGGACAGCAGCCGGGAGACUUGAAUUUCCAAGCUGGAGACAAAAUCAUAGUUACAUCAAAAACUGAUUCACAUUUUGAUUGGUGGGAAGGAAAUCUUCGUGGCCAAACUGGCAUUUUUCCAGCCAACUAUGUAACCAUGAAUUAAAGUUUUGUUAUUUUCUCCCUUGAUAAUUACAAUUACGUAUCUGUGUGUGUGUGUGAGUGUGAGUGUAUGUGUGUGUGUAAUUACAAUUACAUGUAUACAUGUAAAUGACAGGGUCUACUGUCCAGUUAAGCAAUGUACAAUAUGGGUUUUAAAAUACUUCUUUCCUGACAAAUGUUAAUCCAAAACGCAAGAUAUUUCUUUCUAUAAAAUAACAGCU